UCUGUGAUCGUUAUGCACAAUGCACUAUGCAGAAAUCUGUUGGUAGCACAGUCGAUUAAUAUUUUCUGUGAUCAAAGGCAGCAUAGUGCCAUAAAUACAGACCAUGAACAGUAAGUUCAUAACUCAGAACUCUUCGGUACUCAACACUGAUAUUCAACAAUCAACAACUUAACUGUGAUUCGAUCGCCAUUUUAUCUCUUUGUGCAUACAGACAUACAGUGUCCUUGAUAGAUAGUAGAUACAGACAGGGAGCUGCAUUUUUUUUUUGGACUUGAAAGUUAGAAACUAGAAAUAUGUGUUAUUGAAGAUUGGAUACAUGGUUUUCAAAUAUGGAGAGCGAUAAUAUUUCAAAUGAUGAAACUACAAAUUGGAAAGGCAUUAAUAAAAGUUUACUGCCUAGGAGUUUUGGCAAAAAAUUGUUCCCAUCACUAAUACCUAGUCCGGAGCAUACACUAUUAUUCAAGGUACCAAUUGGUAUUAAUAAUAUGCCAGAAGCAUAUCCUAAAGAAUAUUGUGAUACUUGGGAUGAUAAUCAUGUAAAGAUGCCAUGCUCUAAACAUAAUUUAUUUUUAGUUCAUCAAAAUGACAAAAGUUCUAAAAAAAAUCGUUGGGAUAUUAUCACCUACAGUUUAAAUAAACCAAUAUUGUCGAGUGAAGAAUUAGAAAAAGCUAUUGUAUCAUAUAAUCCCAAAUAUAAAGACAAAUGGCGAUUCAAUUUACUACAUAAAUUUUUUGAUGAAUGUUUAAAUGAGGAAGAAACAGAAGAAUUUUUUAAUAAUUUACUACCCAAAAUCAUUAAAUUGGCAUUGCAAUUGCCUACUUUAGUAACUAAACCAAUACCUUUGUUGAAACAAACUCAUAAUCAUUCUAUAUCAUUAAGUCAAAUGCAAAUUGCCUGUCUCUUGGCUAAUGCUUUCUUAUGUACAUUCCCUCAUCGAAACGUCUGCAAUUCAAAGUCUGAGUAUUCAGAAUAUCCAUACAUAAAUUUUAACGGAUUUUUCCAAUUAAUGGUAUAUUCUUCGGCUGAUCACUAUUUGUAUGAAAAGUUGAAAUGUAUUAUUUGCUAUUUUAAAAAGGUGACUAGUGCUAAUUCAGUUCUUAAUGGAAUUGUAACCUAUUCUAGAAAAAGAUUGCCAUCUGGGGAUCUACCAUAUUGGUUACAAUCAACAAAGAAGUUGACAAAUUUGUAUAUAACUUCUGACGGGACAAUAGAAGAUAGUGGUGAUGGAAUGCUUCAAGUGGAUUUUGCAAAUAAAUUUAUUGGAGGAGGCGUUCUUGGUCAUGGUAGUGUUCAAGAAGAAAUUCGUUUUCUAAUUUGUCCUGAAUUAUUAGUGUCUCAGUUGUUCUCUGAAAAAAUGUUACAUACAGAGGCUAUUAUUAUAACAGGUGUGGAGAGAUUCAGUGAUUACAGUGGAUAUGCAAAUUCUUUUGAAUGGAAAGGUGUUCAUUUAGAUGUUACUCCUGUUGAUGACAAUAAUCGCCGCUAUACUACUAUUGUUGCGAUUGAUGCAUUGUACUACAAUGAUCCUAAAAAUCAAUUUAAAACAAAAAACAUAAGACGAGAGCUGCAUAAAUCAUUUGCUGGAUUUUCAUGGGGACAAGAUUCAGAGUGUUCUGAUGUUGCUAUAGCAACAGGAAAUUGGGGCUGUGGUGCUUUUCGUGGAGACUGUCAUCUAAAAUCAUUGUUGCAAUUAAUGAGCGCUGCUCAAGCUAAUCGAGAUGUUGCUUAUUUUACAUUUGGUGAUACCAAACUGAUGGAUUCAAUUCAUGGGAUGCAUACAUUUUUGAAAAGCAAUAACAUUACAGUUGGUGAAGUUUCUAGAAUACUUAUUAAAUACUACGCGUGCUUGGAAACCUUACCAUGUGUUGGAGUACAUGAUUAUAUUUAUGAUGCUAUUACAAACAAAGCCUGGCAGGUACUUGAGAAUAAAGGAUAUCAAUCUGGAGUAUUCCCACAGUGUUCACAGAAUCAAUUUUUAAGGAAUAAUUGUAAAGCAGUAAAGUCUAAUACUAGAGUACUCCAAGCKUCUAAAAGUUCAAACACGGAAUUUGAUCAAACUCUAGAACAGUCCCAUGAGUGUUCAAUAUCAACUUCUGCAGAGUCUAGACCAUGUUCAAGUUCAAAUCUAACAAAAUCAACUUCUGAAGAAUCUCAGGCUUCAAGUUCUAACAUAAAAAGUUCAUCUUCUGAAGUGCUCCAGUUCACAAGUUCUAACAUAAAAUCAGUUCCAGAUGAUUAUCAGUCUCUUUUAACCUUAGACAUAGUAAAGUCUAUUCCUUAUGAGUCUAAGUGUUGUUUAAAUACAACUUUAAUUGAGUCACCUUCUGAAGAGUUUCGGCUAUCUUCAAGUUUAAGGAUAAUAGAGUCAACUCCUGAAAAACUUGAAGAGGAAAUAAAAUUGAAACAUGUUGAUAGUAUAGGUGCCAAAGACCAUAUAAAUAAACAAGAUAUUCAAGAUGUUAGGUUUUUGCCUGUAAACCAGUUUAGGUUAAAUAACGACAAGGAGCGAACAAUGUGUAUUAAUCAGCAGAAAAACAGUUGGCUACAAUUGAAUGAWUCCAAAAAAGAUUUUCUAUCUGCUAUAGAAAAAUCAUCAGUUACAGGGCAGUUGAGUAUUCUUAAAAGAGAUAGAGAAGAACACAAUGGARGAAAAAGAGUAGUUAAACGUAAAAUAUCCGAUUAUUUUUCUCCUAAAAGAUAAUAUUGUUCUAUUUGUAAUAAAUUUGAUGUAUAUAUUUUAUAAAUUUUAAUUUUCAGUAUAAAAACAU